AUGGAUUCAUUCUACAGUCAGUUGGCCGCGGAGGCUAACGAAGAUUGGGAUUUAACACCAGCCAAACCAUUUGGUCUUUCAGCUGGCCCGAACAAAGAUGUGGAUAUUGAUGAUUUAUUAGAUGGAUUUGAUUUUACAGGAAAACCAGUUACAAAACCAGAGGCAUUUGCUCCUAAUUCCGCCCUUGAUUCGAGCUUUGAUUCUUCAAAGUUAACGGUUGAGGCAAAGCCAAUUGGGACCUCCUCUUUGAACGAGACCCAGAGUUCGACAAGCACAAGCAACACACUUUCCUCAAGACCAGCUCCACAGAAUGGCUCUACUCAAAGUAGAAGAAACAUCCUCGAUUCGCUACUAACUUUUGAUGGCGGAACGGACACAACUGGUGGCGAUUCAGAUGAUCUGACUUUGAAGAGAAAAGCCAACGACGGAGUUGCAGCUGCGGUCGACAUCAACCUUGACAACUCGUUCGACAUCAAACCGUCCCGACGUUCUGUCCGUUUUUCGGAGAAUUUGAACGACAACCUCCGGGAAUUCUCCACGGGAAAUGAAGCUCUCAAUUCCAAAGCAACACGAUCCAAUAACAGUGCAGAGGAAGACGGUGACACCAUGGUUGCUCAUAUUUCCUCCUCCUCAUCCUCUUCCUCCUCAAGGCCACAGACUGCUCCCGCAGGAAAGCGAAGAGGGAGAGGAAGUUCAUCGGGUUGGGGUGACCUUGGAGAAGAGUUUGACUGGCCACCGAAGGGCUCUGCGACGAGCGACAGCGAAUUCAAGAGAAAUCAGCAAAGUGCUACUAACACAUUAGUGGAUAGGAAGAAUGCAACUGAAGUAAACAAAAACAAACCAGAAGCCCGAUCUGUCAUUGCCAAUUCAAAUUCUGGGGAUGUAGGAUUUGAUUCAGUGGCAGACGCGUCCGAGUCCAACCACAUGGUGAAGCAACUUCAAACUGAGGUUGAAGGGCUGCGCGGACUGCUCAAAUUGACAGGGGAGUAUCACAGGGAAGAAAUUAAGUUGCUGAAGCAGUCACAUGCCUUGAAGGAGGAGCUCCAGUUCAGUGUGAGCCAGUGCAAAGACCGAAUCACACAGCUGGAGAAGUACAAUGAGACCACGCGUGUGGACCUGACCUCCGCCAUCACAGCGACAAAGGAAGACGCCUUGAAAACCAUUGAGACCCUUCGCAAUGAACAUGCGCUCGAACUAGAGGUGAUUGCUGAGCGCCACGCCAAAGCACUGACCAACUUGCGGGAAGCUGACGCCAACGAAGCCCGAGUUCUUUCGGACAUGCAACCGACUGUGGAGGCCCUACGAACACUCCUCUCCCAACUUCUCACUGCUACGAAUGAAAUCAAGCAGGCGGAAAUACAUCAUCAAACGGCAGUCACACAGCGUCUGGCCAAGCUUGACAGACGCGAAGAGACUUUAAAAUUGGCAGAGGAACGAUUAUGCGAACGAGAAAGGGAAUCCGAGAAGGCGCACCAAAUUCUAACUGAAGCUGUUGCAAAACUAGAAAUGCAAUUGAGAGAACAAGGCAAAUCCCUAGAGACUGACAGGUGGAUGUUAAGGCAGGAGCAGGCGCGCCUAACCAAACUCCAGGUCACGUUGGAAGAAGACCGUCGGGCCUUAAUUGAGCAGGCCGGAAAGGAAAGAAUCGAACUUCAACACCUCAUAGCCUCGUUCUUUGCGGAGCAUCGCGAGACGCAGGCGCGUCUGGCGGCAGAGCGCAACGCCACGGCAGAACAACAGCAAAAACUCCGAUCAGAUCAAAUUAACUGGCGAAAGCAGCAGGAAGAGGAGGAAAAGAAGUUGGCUACUAUGAAAAAAGAACUUGAGCGCGCCAAGGAGACUUUUCAAGUGGAAAGACAUGCCCUUGAUGAGAGAGUGCAUCAGCUGCACUUAACCGAAGUAAAACUGACGGAAACACAACGCCACCUCGACAUCAUUCGAAACAAUCUUCAAGGCAAAGAGACGUCUCUGAACGAACGUGCAGCUGAACUAGAUAGGCGACAAGAAGAUCUGACAAGCCAUGCUGCCACACUGAGCGGCACUCAGGCAGCAGUAGCCGAAAUCGACGCCAAGUGUCGCCGGUUACUGGAAGAGCAAGAGCGUGAACAAACGGUGCUGCAAGCUCGCAGGGAAGAACUCGAUGAUCAAGAAAAACGGCUCUUUCGUGAACAGGAAGAAUUAGCAAAGCGGGAAGAUGACUACGCGAAGAAGCUCAAAGUUGAGAGAAAGUUAGUCUGCUGUAGGUGCAAGCAGGCCGUGAAAAGAAUUCCUCACAAUGACCGCAGCUCCGGCUCCAAAUACAACCAACCGGACUUAAAUGGGGAGGCUCGAUGUAGCGAAGCUUGGAGCCCUGAUCACAUUCCUCGAGUAGCACUCGAUACGAAUCCAGAAGCCGUGAAACUGAUAGAAGAUAUCUCCAACCAACACACGCGUGCACGCAUGCUGGAACAGCUGCGGAAGGAACUCGCUAAGGACAACGAAUUUCUUGAAGAUGAAAGAAUUUAUCUGAGUGGUCUUAGACAUGCCUCGUAUACUUGA